CAAUUUGAAGAGAAAUGAUCAACUACCUAUUGAUCACACUGCAUGCUCUAAAAACUAAGAGAAAUCUAACCACCUAAUAUGAGGAACAACCGGUGAAAAUGGGCACGACUCAUGCACCCAUCACUUGGUAUAAAUUUGUGGCAUUUGAAGAGAAAUUCCAGCUGCAAGUGAUGGUGAAAUUAAUGGGAGGAGAGGUGGCGAUGGCGAUGAUGUUGAUGGUGAUGUUUGGUGCAGCUUCAGGUUCAGCGUCGGCGUUGGUGACGUUCGUGUUCGGGGACUCGCUGACAGAAGUGGGGAACAACAACUACCUGCAGCUCUCCCUCGCCAAGUCCAACUAUCCUUACUACGGCAUCGACUUUGAAGCCGCCAAACCCACCGGAAGAUUCACCAACGGAAGGACUAUAGGCGACAUUAUUUCUGCGAAGCUUGGGAUUCCGGCGCCACCUCCAUAUCUCUCCUUGUCUCCCACUGAUGACCUCAUCUUGAAAGGGGUCAACUACGCCUCUGGUGGAGCUGGCAUCCUCAACCACACAGGCCUUUACUUUAUAGAGAGGCUCUCAUUCGAUGACCAGAUAGAGAAAUUUAAGAGCACCAAGCAAUCGAUGAGGACCAAAAUAGGAGACGAGGCAUCCAACAAACUGUGCAACGAAGCGGUCUACUUCAUUGGAAUAGGCAGCAACGACUACGUUAACAAUUUUCUACAGCCAUUUCAGGCAGACGGGCAGCAGUUCACGCAUGAUGAGUUUUUGGAGCUCCUCAUCUCAACCUUAGCCGAACAACUCAUGAGGCUUUAUGAAGUAGGUGCAAGGAAGAUGAUAUUUCACGGACUAGGGCCACUGGGAUGCAUCCCGUCGCAGAGAAUGAAAUCCAGCCGAGGCCAAUGCCUAAACCAAGUCAAUCUGUGGGUUCAACACUUCAACUCCAAAGUCAGCCAACUCAUCUCCACUCUAAACUCCCAUCUGCCGUCCUCCCACCUCGUAUUCGCAGACACUUAUCAACCAGUACUAGAUUUGAUCAACAACCCCUCUUCAUACGGUUUUAAGGUAUCCAACACAUCUUGCUGCAAAGUCGACACCAAAUUAGGAGGCCUGUGUCUCCCAAACUCCAAAUUAUGCGACAAUCACGACGACUAUGUUUUCUGGGAUGCUUUUCACCCCUCCGAUGCAGCUAAUGUUGUCUUAGCCGACCACUUCUUUAACAUUAUGUUUGCAAACUCUACUGCCUCUGCUCCCCAGCCUUCGCAUUAACAUCUCAUAAUCAACGACAUCAUUCACAGGGGAAGCUCUGCCUCUGAAAAUAGACCCAAGUGUUUUCUUCCACCUUCCGUUUCAGCUUCUUAUGAUUGUAAUUCUCUAUUCGCACCAUCUAAGGCAAAACUUGGACGUCGAAUAAAUCUUAAUUGACGCUUAAUAAUUCAUAA